AUGGCCUCCUUCGCCGCACGGUCGGUCUUACGCUCGGCCUCCACCUCCGCCCGAGGCGCCGCCGCCAGAAUCUCGGCCGGUGCCAAGCCCAGAGCUUCUCCUUCCCCUGUCCGCUUCCCGACUCAGAAACCUCUAUCCGCUCGCAUUUUCAGGUCACCUGUGGAGAUGAGCAGCGUCAGCGUGGCGUCUAUGCUGCCGUACCACACCGCAACCGCCUCUGCGAUUCUCACUUCCAUGCUCUCUAUUGCUCCCCGUGGCCACGCUUGGACUCUUGAAGGCACAUAA